AUGGACAUGGGAGGUAUGGACAUGGGCGGCGCUGCGAGCGGGCCCGCUUGCAAGAUAAGCAUGCUCUGGAACUGGAACACUGUCGACUCGUGCUUCCUAGCCUCAUCAUGGCACGUCCGCUCCAACGGCAUGUUCGCGGGGAGCGUCAUCGGUGUCUUUUUGCUUUGUAUGAUGAUUGAGGGCGUGAGGCGGCUGGGGAGGGAGUAUGAUCGCAAGCUGGUCGCGCAGGCAAAGCUGCGCGCGGGUAUCACGCCCGUCAACUCUGUUGAAUCGCCUACGAAGGGUAUCCUCCCUCCCUGCCCCACAAGCUUUGUCCUCACCCCGUCCUGGCCUCAGCACCUCCUCCGAAGCUUAGUAUACGGUACCCAGUUCAGCGCGGCGUUUAUGGUGAUGUUACUCGGCAUGUACUACAAUGGAUACAUCCUCAUCUUCGGAAUCUUCCUCGGCCAGACGGCGGGGUAUGUCGCCUUUGCGAGGGACACGGUGAUGGGCCAUGAUAACGGUUCGGGCAACUGUUGCUAG